GCGUUUCCCAUCGUGCCUUGCGGCGGCGCGGGCUGCGGGAAUGAGGUAAAGGCGGGCGGGGCGGGGGCGCGCGGCAGGAAGCGGGCGGCGGCGAGCGGAGCGGAGCAAGCCCGGCCCUAUGGCGGACACCAAGGAAACACAUGAGGAGCAUGAUACUUCCACUGAAAAUGCAGAUGAUUCUAACCACGAUCCUCAGUUCGAGCCCAUAGUUUCCCUUCCUGAGCAAGAAAUAAAAACUCUGGAAGAGGAUGAGGAAGAACUGUUUAAGAUGCGAGCGAAGCUAUUCCGAUUUGCAUCUGAGAAUGACCUUCCAGAAUGGAAAGAGCGAGGAACUGGUGAUGUAAAACUGCUGAAACACAAGGAGAAGGGAACAAUUCGCCUCCUCAUGAGAAGGGAUAAAACCCUAAAAAUCUGUGCAAACCAUUACAUCACACCCUUAAUGGAGCUGAAGCCUAACGCUGGGAGCGACAGGGCAUGGGUCUGGAACACACAUGCUGACUUUGCAGAUGAAAGCCCCAAGCCUGAACUUCUGGCAAUCCGAUUUUUAAAUGCAGAAAAUGCACAGAAAUUCAAGGCAAAAUUUGAAGAAUGCAGGAAUGAAGUAGACAAGAGAGCAAAGAAAGCAGGCACAGACAAAAAUGAUAGUGCUGAUAAAGUUGCUGAAAAACUAGAAGAGCUUUCUGUAAAGGAAGAGAGCAAAGAAUCUGAGAAGAAAGAGACCAAGGAAAAAACUGAAGAAAAGCAAUAAAUCAUCCUGGGCCUUGCAGUUUUUCCUUUACUUUUUUCUUUCUUUUUCUUUUUUUUUCUUUUUUUACAAGGGACUUUAUAAGGAACUGAAUUAAACGUUCAGGUUGUUUUUUCUAAGCUUUUGCCCUUUUGAAGAUGUCUUCAGAAAAUUCAUUCCCCAGUCAUGAAAAUGUACUGUGCUAACUUUCUUUUCCAUAGUGGAAACACUUAUUUAUAGUCAUCCAAAAGAGUGAAUAAAGCAAACUUGAAAACAGCAUCAGAGGACAGAACUGAGUUUUCUCUAUACUUUAAAGGCUUAUGAAUACAUGUGUUUCAUUGGGUGUUGAGAUACAUAUCAUCAAACCUGUGGAUUAACUAGGGUAACAGACUUUACCAACAGGGAAGGCUAAGAUUACAUACAUAUUUAUUAUAUGGCUUCUAAAACCGAUAGAACAGACCUUUCAUGCUUGUUCUGCUGCGUGUUCCUGAGCAGGGAGUGUGCCUGUGACUCUUGAAAUGCAGCAGACUUCUGGAAUCGGGGGAGAGAGCAUUCCUGGCACACUGGUAAUGAUGUUCCAUCAGCCAGUGAAAAUAAAGGUGGGGGAGAAAAUGCAUUAUGUGAGACUUGAAGUAUUUUGCUGUUAAAAAACCUCCCCCCCGCCCCCCAAAUUUGUUAAUGUUGCAAA